CUCUAAAUAAAACCGAAAAAAAGAAAAAGAAAAAUCAAAUUCUUACUUGUAGAAAACAAAAGCGCUUAACUCAAACGAGACAACUACACGUGAACUGUAUGUUCGCAAAUUUCACCAAAAGCUUCGAAUUUGUGAAAAAAAUGGCGGAAUCCGAAGCCCUAGUUGCUGCCCAAUACUCUCCCAUAGAGGAAGACACCAACACAAACGAAGACACUUCCAUGCCGGAAGCACAAAACCCCAGCGACGGUUCAAAAUCCGAUUCCGAUUCCGAGUCCGAGUCCGACUCGGACUCCGAGGAUGAAGCCCAAGCGAAGGCGCAAAUUGAAUCCCUGCAAACAGAGCUGUCCAAUAAUCCAUCCAAUUACGAUACUCAUGUCCAGUAUAUUAAAAUUCUGCGGAAGCAGGGCGACAUAGAGAAGCUGAGACAAGCAAGGGAAACAAUGAGUUCAUUAUUCCCUUUGAGUCCCGAAAUGUGGCAGGAAUGGGCUAAAGACGAGACUUCCAUGAGCUCCGGAGUGGAGGGAGUCCCUGCAGUUGAAAAGCUGUAUGAGCGAGGUGUUUCUGAUUAUCUGUCUGUUUCCCUGUGGUGUGACUACUUAAAUUUUAUCCAAGAAUAUGAUCCAUCUGUCCGUGAAUGUUCUGCCGUCGGCAUAAAGAAGGCAAGGAAUCUCUUUGAGCGUGCUCUUACUGCUGGUGGGGUGCAUGUUACUGAAGGUCACAAGAUAUGGGAACUGUACAGGGAAUUUGAAGAAGCUAUUUUUGUCACCAUUGCAGAAACUGACCCUGGGGCAAAAGAAAAGCAGAUUCAGCACAUACGGAGUUUAUUUCAUCGCCAAUUGUCUAUUCCCCUUGCUAACCUAAAAUCAAGUCUUCUUGCGUACAAGGCCUGGGAGGCUGAUCAUGGGGGUCCCCAUGAUGUUAAUAGUUCAGAACUCGACGGUCUUUCAUCUCAUGCUGCCUCUGUAUAUCAGAAGGCAUUGGAAAUGUAUAAUGCUCGUGCUCAAUUUGAAGAAAGUAUUUCCAAGAAGGAUGUUGACUCAGAAAAACUUCUCGAAUUCAUGACCUAUUUGAAGUUUGAGCACUCAUUUGGUGAUCCAGCCCGCAUACAGAUCUUGUACGAACGUGCUAUAGCUAAUUUUCCUAUAUCUAGUGAUCUAUGGCUAGACUAUACUCAGUACCUGGAUAAAACAUUCAAGACUGCCAGAAUUGUGAGGGAUGCUUAUUACAGGGCGACAAGGAACUGUCCGUGGGUAGGAGAAUUGUGGGUUCGUUACUUACUCUCGCUUGAACGCAGUGGUGGUUCUGAGGAAGAGUUAUCAACUGUAUUUGAGAAAUCACUGCUGUGCACUUUUUCAAGUUUUGACGAGUACCUCAAUAUAUUUCUCACGAGAGUUGAUGGGUUAAGGCGGAGAUUAUCUGCAUCUACAAAAGUUGGGGAAGGCAUGGAUUACGCGGUUAUAAGAGACGUAUUUCAGCGUGCAUCAGACUACUUGUCCCCACACCUCAGCAACACAGACAGUUUACUUGGCAUGCACAGUUAUUGGGCUCACUUAGAGUUCAAAUUGGGAAAAGAUUUAAUUGCAGCUCGUGGUGUCUGGGAAAGAUUCAUUAAAAUUAGUGGGUCUAUGCUGGAAGCUUGGCGAGGAUAUAUAACAUGGGAGAUUGAGAUGGGCAAGAUAAAUGAAGCCAGAUCCCUUUAUAAGAGAUGCUACAGUAAAAGGUUUCCCGGGACAGGUUCAGAGGACAUCUGCUAUUCGUGGGUACGCUUUGAGAGAGAAUAUAGUUCCCUGGAGGAUUAUGAUUUUGCUGUUAAGAAGGUAGCUCCUCGUCUUCAGGAACUGCAGCUUUUUAGGUUGCAGCAGGAGAGCAAAAAUGUUGGUCCAGUCACAAAUGAGAGAGAAAAUCCUACACGGAAGAAUGCCCAGGAAAAGAGAAAAACAACUCCGAAUUCAACCGAUGAACAGUCUCCAGCUAAGCGUCAGAAGAUACACCUGAAAAAUUAAAGAAAAUAAACGAGAAAGAAAAAGGUAAGGUGAAGACUCUCUGCUGAAGCAAGUGAUGCUGCCCAAUUAGAUACAAACAGAGCAGAGAGUGCUAGCAGUAAGGAAACAAGGGAUAAAUCCUCUAAAAUAUCUGCGCCAUUUAAUGAUCAAUGCACAGCCUUUAUUUCUAAUCUAAAUUUCCAGGCAACCAAUGACGAUCUGAUUAAUUUCUUCUCUGAUGUUGGUGGAGUUGUCGCUAUUCGGAUAUUGAAGGACAAGUUCACCAAAAAAUCAAGAGGAUUAGCAUAUGUGGAUUUCUCGGACGAUGCACACCUUUCUGCGGCUUUGCAGAAGAACAAGCAAGUUUAUUUAGGCAAGAGAUUAAGCAUUUUAAAGUCGGACCCGAAACAAGGCAGCAGGAAAAAAGCGCCUGGAGGAAGCAUCAGAUCAUCAGAGCAUGGUAAUGAUGCUAAAAGGACGAACAAUCCAGAUAAAACGGAGUCACAAGAAACUUCCAAAGGGAAAAGUGAGUCCGAGCCACAAUCUUCGAGUGCUAGGCAUGAAGAAGAUAUCAAGCUGAAAGGGAGGAACACGUUUGCAGUGCCAAGAAACGUGAAACUCAGAGGUAAACCACAAUCUGAAGGAGCUGCUAAGGAACACGAGGAUGAAAACCCCAAAUCCAAUGAUGAGUUCAGGAAGAUGUUCGUUAAAGAAUGAGUGUAACAACAUAAAGCUAACUCACUGUGUAUCUCGUGAUCGAACUUUAAAUGUGGCUCUUUUGCUACCUUAUUGUUAGACGUAUGGGUUUUGUUUAUUAUCUUGUUGACCGUUGGUAAAACUAUAUGCCCACUACUUCGAGAUCGAUUUUCGUCUAGUCCAAAAGAGGGGUGAAAAAGAAUUUCUU